UCCGAGUUGGGUUACUUGUGAUUUCUUCUUCUUUUUUGAUUCCUCCGGCGACUGUUUCCUUUCUUGAUUUGAAAGGAAAGAAAAAAAACUUCGCCCGCCAGGCAGACCGCGGACGGCGGAGACACCACGUGUAUGCGCCGCUGGAAAAGGGGAGUUUGGAAGCAAACUUUUUCCCAUCUGGCCCUGAGGCCUACACCGCUGGACUCGAAGGCGCGGGGCCAUGACCCGCACGCUGGGUAGGUGGAACUCUUUACCUGCCCUGGGCUGGACUUGAACCCCAGGAUCUUACCUGCCAUUCUCGCUUCUCCGCCUCUCCUCGCUCAGCUCACACCGGACACCGUACAAAGCAAGCCAGGGUACCAGCCUGCGACAUGGAUAAGUACGACGACCUGGGUCUGGAGGCCAGUAAGUUCAUUGAGGACCUGAACAUGUACGAGGCCUCCAAGGAUGGCCUCUUCCGAGUGGACAAGGGUGCAGGCAACAAGCCUGAGUUCGAGGAAACCCGCCGAGUGUUUGCCACCAAGAUGGCCAAAAUCCACCUCCAACAGCAGCAACAGCAGCUCCUGCAGGACCAGGCCCUGCCCAGGGGAGCAGUGGGCCCCGUCAAUGGUGGGGCCCGCCUGGGCCUGCAGGCCCCCCGGGACGCUGGUGUAGGUAGCAGGCUGGCCCUAGAUGGUGCCGCCAAACCUCCCCUCGCUGUCUCUGCAGCCACACCUGGGGCAGCCGCCUCAGUGGCCCCUGUGCAGCCCUUCUACCCACCCCCAGAGCAGAGGACCAGAGCAGCCCAGGGCGCCUAUGCCUGUGGCCCGAGACCUGCCAGUCAGGAGUGUGGCUCCAGGGACAGCCAGGAGAGCACUGAGCUGCCUGCACUCCACCCACCGGGCUCCUGUGAGGAUCCCUCCUGCCUUACUCACGGGGACUAUUACGACAACCUUUCUUUGGCAAGCCCAAAGUGGGGCCAGCCCGCAGCGUCCUCUAACGGCAGGCCAGGUGUAGGGAGUGUGUGGUCCAGCCCCCCAGUGAGCGACCCAUCACUGCCCAAACCCUCUGGGCAGGAACAUCACCUGUAUCAGCCACAGCUGGCCCAGAGCUCCACCAGGUCAUUUGAGAGCGGCCUGGGUGAUGGUGGCAUUGGUGGCCGUGGUGCUGAGAAGCCAGUGGGCCAUUGGUCCACCUCCUCCUCGCAGCGGGUGACCUCUGACUUCUCCCCAGGCCCAGAGAAUGGGCCUCCCUUGGGGCCCGCUCAGCCCAGGGCCCCUUCUCUCUCAGCCCCUCUGACUAUGAGUGGCACCGGCCAAGGAGCUCUUAGAAGGAGCCCCGGGGGAGGGAGCGUGGUGGCCAAACCCUCUGUGGACCCUCAGCCCUGGUGUCAGGAUGGCCCCCAGUCUUACCUUUCUAGUUCUGUGCCAUUAUCCCCAGGCAGGGACAGCUUGCAGAUGGGUGUGGUCUCUAGGUUAGGUCAGAAGCCCGCUUGCAAGGAGCCUGGCACGGGUCCCAAGCUCAGCCCCACCAGCCUCGUUCAUCCAGGGAUGCCCUCCUCAUCUGAGUUAGCUUGUAAAGAGGGUCUUGCUGCCUGGUCCCCUGACGGCAGCCCAGGGCCAGUCCUCUCAGAGAGCCCCAGCCCCCCCAGGGUGAGGCUUCCCUGCCAGACCCAUGCCUCUGGCCCUGAGCUUGGACCCUCGGCUGCCGAAUUGAAGCUAGAAGCCCUCACCCAGCACCUGGAGCGGGAGAUGGAUGCCCACCCGAAGGCCGAUUACUUUGGAGCCUGUGUGAAAUGCAGCAAAGGGGUGUUUGGAGCCGGCCAGGCCUGCCAGGCCAUGGGGAACCUGUACCACGACGCGUGCUUCACCUGUGCGGCCUGCAGCCGGAAGCUGAGGGGGAAAGCCUUUUACUUUGUCAACGGCAAAGUGUUUUGUGAGGAAGACUUCCUGGUGAGUGUGUCUGGCCCUGGGGAGGGGAAAAUAGACGAGCCUUCCCCACCCUCGUCUUUGCCCUCCUCUGAGACGCACCCUCCGCUCACCUACUGCGCUGCUCCCUUCCUCCACGCUCACCCGCCCCCUGAGCCUUUUUCUGGUCCUGCCCGCCUGCAGAUCCUGCAGGCUCUUGGGAAGUCCUACCACCCUGGCUGCUUCCGCUGUGUCAUCUGCAACGAGUGUCUGGACGGGGUGCCCUUCACCGUGGACUCUGAGAACAAGAUCUACUGUGUCCGAGAUUACCACAAGGUGCUGGCCCCCAAGUGUGCAGCCUGUGGGCUUCCCAUCCUUCCGCCGGAGGGCUCGGAUGAGACCAUCCGCGUCGUGUCCUUGGACAGGGACUACCACGUGGAGUGCUACCACUGCGAGGACUGCGGCCUGGAGCUCAAUGACGAAGACGGGCACCGCUGCUACCCGCUGGAGGACCACCUCUUCUGCCACUCCUGUCAUGUCCAGAGGCUGGAGAGAGGGCCCUCGCCGGCCGCCCUCCACCAGCACCACUUCUAACAGGCCAAGCCCCGCCUCACGACGGACGCAAAGGCAGGCACCACACGGGGAACUCUGCCAGCCAGCGUCUAAUGCUGCCUCCCCAGUGGGGCUUGUGGGGAGUGGAGGUGGGGGUGCUUCUUGCCAGAAUGAGGUGGUAAAACAUGACUUGCCUAGGAUCUUCCAAGUGCCUUUCUCUGCUGCCACCCGGCACCAGGAUGCUCAGGAAGACGCUGCAGGCAGUGCCCAGCAUGGGCCAGCUUGGGGCCUCCGAUGAGCCCUCCUCUUGUCCCUCUGGGGGACUGUGAGGACAGCCUGAGGGGAGCUCACCUGUCAGUAUGGUCACUCCUUUCCUCAUGCCCUCUCGGAAAGCACCGGCACCCGAACACUACGCACACGCGUGUGCACGAUCCACACCCACUGGGACGGUUACACACACCCCAUUCCCACUGCCAUUGGGCUCGUUCCAACUCCCGGUGGCCCACGUGUGUCGGAAUAGAGCUGUGGCCGACUGUUUGGAAGUGGAGUGCCAGGUCUUUCCCCUGAGGGGUCUCUGGGUGGGCUCAAACCUGCAGCCUUCCGGUCAGUCGUCAAGGGCUCCUUCUACCCCAGAACUCCAGUUUUUCUAUGGGAUGGCUCCCGAUUGGAGUCGCUGUAGGGCGAGAGAGAGGCUCUAACACAGCGGUUCUCAACCUGUGGGUGGAACGACCCUUUCACAGGGGCCGCCCGAUUCAUCACAGUGAUG